AUGUUCCUUCAUGCAAAGCUAAAGAAACUGAAGCAGUACGAGACGAAAGCUGGGCGGAAACAAGAAAUACUUCGUGAAAAGAAAUUGUUUGUUCUGGACAACUCAUUACGUGAAAGUACUGUUGGACAACUCAGAGGUCAUACGAUUGAAAAUAAAUGGAAGAUUUAUGAAGAGGUAAAUGUAGUGAUAGUUUUAUUGCCAAUGAUUUAUUUUGUCUCGAAGUUCGAAAUUAUAAUUUGUAUAUUUAUGUCAAGUAGAACGUCUCUAUAUAGUCCAUCUCUAAAUUCUUCAACCCAUAGUAUUAUUGUUUGAUUGUUUAACAAUAAUUUUGUAUUUGUGAGAUAGAUAGAUGUCAGCCAAGCUGGUUUCCACGAUGGAAGUACGUAUAGAAAAAAUAAGUGGUUAACUAUAUGACAUAAUUGUCGUAACAAUAUUUACAGUCUAUAAACUAUAUAGAUAAAGAUAAAAUUUUAGUUUGUAUCAACAUGAGAAAUAAUUUCCGUUUAUAGCUUAAAAAUACAUAUAUACUGUCUCCUAUGUUUGAUGGUAUAUAGGGGGGCUCCAUGCUGAGGCACCAUAAAGAUUUUUUCAAACUGUUCAAUGUGUGGGGUUGUGGCAAACACAAUUAGUUCGAAGCGCUGUGACGGAGAUUAUGAGCUGGAAGUAAAUAGAUUGUACAGACAUUCUGACCCCAUAUUGUCAGUAGGUAUUUUAAAAAUAAUUUUAGCCUUUUUUUCUUUGUUGCUUUACUGCAUGUCUCCUAUGUUUGAUGGUAUAUAGGGGGGCUCCAUACUGAGGCACCAUAAAGAUUUUUUCAAACUGUUCAAUGUGUGGGGUUGUGGCAAACACAAUUAGUUCGAAGCGCUGUGACAGCGAUUAUGAGCUGGAAGUAAAUAGAUUGUACAGGCAUUCUGACCCCAUAUUGUUAGGUAUUUUAAAAAUAAUGUUAGCCUUUUUUCUUUGUUGCUUUACUACAUGGUUCCCAUCCAGUAAUUUAAACUAUUUAAUUAAAGCAGUUUCUCGGAUACCUCAUUGGGCACAUUUGUUAUAUGCGAGCAGCCCUGUUAUGAAGCUUUUGUAAACGUAUUGAAUGGGUAACGUUUGCCUAUUAUUAAAUCAGUGGGUUUCACAAAAAAACACUCCAAACGUCACAAAAGUAUUCAACGUGUGGCUGCAGGUAUUAUGACAUUGAAACACUACAAAAUUUAUAUAAUUCUCUCGUUCUCCCAUAUUUUGACUAUUGUUCAUCUUUAUGGGAUAAUUGUGGAAGCAUGCUCAAAGAGAAAUUACAAAAACUACAAAAUAGGGCGGCAAGAAUUAUGACAGGUGCCAAUUAUGAUGUCAGGUCGACAGAUUUGCUCCAUGCUAUGUCAUGGAAAAAUCUGAACGACAGACAUAAAAUGAAUAAAUCGGUCCUGAUGUUUAAAAUAUUAAAUAACCACUCAGCUCGGAGCUUAAAGGAUAAAUUUAUAACAAGGGACAUAAAUCUUAGUACUAAUUAUAAUCUCAGAAAUGCUGAUAUAAAUCUUUCAGUUCCUAAACCACGUACUGAAUAUUUAAAAAAGAGUUUUGGAUAUAGCGGGGCUGUUCUAUGGAAUAGUUUUCCUACGCAGGCAAAGCAAACAGAAUCUUUAAGUAGCUUCAAAAAUUUGAUAAAAUAAUGUGUGCAACAGAGUCAGGCAUCGAAUAGUCUUGGUUUCUUUAUUUUUUUUAUCUACGUAUUUGUUAUUCUGUGCUAUUCUAUUUCAUAUUUAAUUUAUAUUAGUUUAGCUUAGUUUAUAUUAGUUUAGAAUGUAAUUUGUGUGAUGUCCCUCAUGAAAAUCAUCCAUGGGUGAUGAGGGAAGCGUGGUUAAAUAAAGUUCUACUAUACUAUAAAAGUGAAUGUUUUACUAUCAAAUAUAAAAAGACGUCGAAAGGCACAAAAUCCUGAAGUAAUUUUUUAGAAAUGUUUUCAGUGUUCCAAUUUAAUGUUCAGCUGACUCCCUGAGAUUCAUUGUAGCAUCUUUUGUGAACCAACAUUACGAAUUCAGUGUUUGCUACACCAGGGCUACAGCCUACACUCAGACUUUCCGUAGUUUUUCCAAAUGUAUGUGAAUUUACAAAACUAGUGGUCCUAAAAUACUGUUAUACUUGUGGUAUACACCACAUUUUAAGCCAUGUUCGAUUGAAAGGUAACCGUCAAUUGGGCAUUUCUGCAGGACACGCUCUGACAAAUAUGAUAAGCUAAGCUCACACCCCUGGGCUCCCGGUCUAUGACUUUAGAAUUAUUAAGUAACAGAACACUGAAAGUGGCGCCGCCGCAAAUUUCGAAACCGUAGACGGUCGGACACCUCCGAGAUGGUCGGACACCUCAAUUUUCUGCGCCCACAAGUAGUUGUGAGCAGCGGAAACUCCUUUGAAAACACUUUGCUUCACAUUACUCCUAAAAUUCCCCUAUUGUACAUAUGCCUAUACUCCUCUGUUUACACUUUUAAUACACGUGCGAAUUGCAAAAUGGAGGAUCUUCUCGAUGCCGCUAUUUCUGGUCAGGAAAAUAGCAAAGAAUUGCUAUCUCGAGUUGAGGAUAUAAUCCCAAUCGAAAGCCAAAGUAUAAUGUAAUAAGUGUUAAAGGAAAUGACGUUCGCUACCAUCAAAACAAAUUAUCAAUAUAAUUAUUAUUAUUAUUAUUCAUUAUUAAUUUAUGAUUAUUAUUAUUAUUAUUAUUAUUCUCAACAAGCAACCAUCAAAACAAAUUAUCUGAAUGACGAAGAUGAUAUCACAAAUUUUGUGAAAAAUUAUGGAGUUAAAAACGCCGAGACACUUCGGAUUUCAAAAACAAAGAAAUUUCAAAAUACUGCAACGGGCGAAUAUAAUUUGGCCAAGUACUAUAGAUGUCAACACAAUACGAGGCAUGAGGGCACAAUGUGCCCUGAAGAUAUUUUGACAACUAAUUUAAGCAACACAUUCAGAAGAUUUUAAUUCUACAAUCGACAUUGAGUGGAAUCACAAUAAUCCCAUUCAAUCAUUAAGUUUCAAAGACAUACCAACUCCGGGGGGGAGUGGAAAGGCUAGGGAAAAGGCAAUUGUUUUAGUAUAAAUUUUUAAUGAAUAAAACAAAGUACCCAAAUAUCAGUUCAAUUAAUAUUCAGAAAUAAAACAGUUUAAUUUCAGCUGGUUCACGGUUACUGAUUUAGUGUUGCUGUAGUGUUUCUUUUACGCACACGCUUUCAACUGGUUUCCUGUCUACUACAAAGUUGGCCCAAUGAUGGCGGAUCAUUUUUGAUGAUUUCGAACAAAAGUAAAGUGGCGUCAAAGCAAGAUUAUGAUUUUGAAGAGAAGACUUCUUUACUUUUAAUAACUAUUUUUAAUUUUUCUGUGUUGGUGUUGUGUACUCAGGUGAAUAUGAUAUUUGUGAAUGUUACUCUGAGUGUAUAUCCACACCGGGCGAGCUUGAAAAAUAUGCCCGGCCACGGUGGGAUUCGAACCUACGACCUUUGGAAUACUAGCCCAAUGCUCUUCCAACUGAGCUACGCGGUCAGGACGGUUCGAGUAAGUGAUAUUUCGGAACAGUAUCUAGUUCCUUCGAUACCAAUGUAAUCUAGUAAUAUGAUUUUUCUGUGUUGGUGUUGUGUACUCAGGUGAAUAUGAUAUUUGUGAAUGUUACUCUGAGUGUAUAUCCACACCGGGCGAGCUUGAAAAGGUAUUGGGCUAGUAUUCCAAAGGUCGUAGGUUCGAAUCCCACCGUGGCCGGGCAUAGUUUUCAAGCUCGCCCGGUGUGGAUAUACACUCAGAGUAACAUUCACAAAUAUCAUAUUCACCUGAGUACACAACACCAACACAGAAAAAUGAUAUUACUAGAUUACAUUGGUAUCGAAGGAACUAGAUACUGUUCCGAAAUAUCACUUACUCGAACCGUCCUGACCGCGUAGCUCAGUUGGAAGAACUUUGGGCUAGUAUUCCAAAGGUCGUAGGUUCGAAUCCCACCGUGGCCGGGCAUAUUUUUCAAGCUCGCCCGGUGUGGAUAUACACUCAGAGUAACAUUCACAAAUAUUUUUAAUUUGCCACCCAAAAUGGCGGAAGUCGUGUGAGUGUCGUCUUGUUAGUCAAAUCGUGGCACUUUAUUUACGUCAAGGUCACAUACGUAUUUGAUUGGAGAGGAAUAUUUGGUAUCAUGUAUAAUAUAUACAGUAUAUAUCAGUUUGCCGUAUAUAAAACACGGUCAUAAACGUAUUUGAUAAUAAAGGAAAAUUAAUGUUGUUUGACUUAGAACGUGAAGAUUGUGUGAAAUAUUUAGGGUAUUAUUGAUUGAUGGUAAUCUCACAUGGCAAUAUAUCAUCCACAUAGCGACGGCAAAAUAAGCAUUAUUACCUCCAUCUAGGGGGAUAUAAGGCGUGUUAGGAGCGUCUAGGGCAUGCUCGCCCUGAAAAUUUUCUAAUCUAGAGUUCUGCAUUCUUGGCUCAGUCCUGACAUAGACUCGCGGUGUUUUAGAAACCCUUGAAAAGUAGACGAGUUGUGCUUGAAAACCAUUGCUCGAAUGCCUCGAAAUAAAGUAAAUUAAAAAUACACUUUUCACUUUACAAGUUUCGAAAACACAACACAGCGUCAGGACACCAUGCUGUCCAUGCAUACAGCACAACGAAAACAUGACAUAUUACUGAAAAGAAAUAGUAUCGUACAAAUUGAAAUAUCUAUAGGAUACAAAACAAAAUGGUUUUAAUAGAAUAUCACGGCAGGUUUGGGACAGUUGGGAUAGUUUUUGCUUUUGUUUGGAAUCAAUGAUAGAUAAAGUAAACACUUCAGAAAAUACAUCUGUUAUCAAUGUGUGGCCUGGCUUAAUUCUAAAUAUAUUAAAUACCUAUAUUAUAUUUCUAUAUUAUUGCGACAUUGAAAAUUUCCGCUAACAGAGACAGUCCUUAUAACCAUUUUAACAAAGCUGGUAAAGUUGGAUACCUUUCUAAUGUCAGUUGGAAAUUAUAGGUUACAUUAUAGGUUUUUGCGCCCAUAUAAUAAAAAGAAUUUCUGGCAUAUUCGCAGUAUGCAUCUUAAGUAAUUGAUUCAAGCAAGAUGCAUUUCUUGUGCCAAUUGCCAUGAGAAUUUACCUUGAAAUAAUUUACAAAAUUAUUGGGUACAAAUCCGUCCAAGCAAUUACGAAAAAAAUACAUGCUCUACGUUUGUUCAAACUUUCAACUCAGUGACUGAGAAACAGAUCUUGACCAUUACCAGUGUUGAUUAGGUUGACAGCGCGAUCAUGAAAACGAGAUACUAUUAGUUUGGGUAAGAUUUAAAUUAAAUCCACUAUAUGUGAACAAAGGAACAAUCAUGGAUUUGUAGAUGGUUUUGGCUGUAUGAUUAUUAAUUACAUAACCUCUUUAACUUAUUCUUAGACAAUAGUCUUAGACGCCCGAUUGCCUUGUUAUAUACUCUCGAAGUGAAGAUACUGUCGUCGGCAUAUUUGAUUAUACUUGAGUGUAGAUUCGCCAAAUCAUUAAAAUACACCACAAAUAGCAAAGGUCCCAAAAUUGAUCCCUGAGGAACACCUGAAUGUUUCGGAGUUUUAAAUAAGUUUUAAAUUGUGCGUGAAAUAAUAAAGACUGACAAAAUUGACAUAGUAAAAUAAUAAAGGAAUCCUACCUUUCAAGUUAAAUACAACGUUUUGUGCUUUUUUCGUUUUCUAGGGACGAUUUUUUCAAUAUUUUGUCGAUUUUGAAACCAAAUUCAUUCUUUUUAAAAAGCUGAUUAUUUACUAGUCUGCUGGUAAAUAAUACGUCAGAUUUACCAGUCAACUAGCCAAUCAGAACGUGCGAAAUGUGAUAUGCAAAAUUUAACUUUAUUCGAUUAUUUUAGGUGAAAAAAGUUGGCUUUCAGGAUAUCAUUGUAACAUCCUUUUCCCAUAUGAUCCGUGUAGGAGAUACAUUUAUCCGUCAACUGGCAGAAAAAGGAGAAGAUUUUAGCAGAUUUUACGCUUUUACCGAGUUUAUUGAAUCAAUUGACAGUCGAACCAAAAUUCCUGACACAGACACCAUUCCCGUUGGCUUGAUGAAAAUGAAAGAGUUGGGCAUUCGAAAUCCGAUCAUAGAAGCUGAUUUGUUUCAUACCAGCAUCAACUACAAAAUAUUCAACGCGAAAAGAAUUACCAAACUUUUCUCACAAAGAAUGCAAUGGAUACGAAAAAAUCUUUCAAGAGAUGCCAAAAUCUUUAUCAACCUUCGUGAUAUUGCUGAAGCAAUAAUCAAUAAACCGAAGCGUGUGUUUGAAAUUGUUAAAUAUCUUUCAUCGUUGCCAGCAGACCUACGUCCUUUUGGUUUGAUGUUUGAAGAACAAACAGGAAACUACUUUCCAGAUCAACUUGGUGCUUGGACAGCCGCAAUACGUCAAGAAAUGGACAAAUGUGGUUUUCAAGAUGGUCAUUUGUUAGUUCAUAUUCAUGAGAAGUGGGGAUUAGCUCAAACGAGUCAGUUGGAAUGUCUUAUCAACGGAGCAAGCGGUAUUUGGUGCAGUGUAUGUGAAGAAGGAGCAGCCUUAGGUCAUGCAUGUUCUAGUGUGACCUUAUUAAAUAUGAUACGUUUGGGAAAUGAACAUGUCUUAAAACAAUAUAACUGUGUUGAACUACGCAGAGCUGCUCAAGAAGUGACAAGAAUAACAACCGGUCAGGAACCACAUCCUAAACAACCUGUGUAUGGUGAACGAGCACUGGAUCUUGUUAUGGAUGGUACCGUGGGUUCAAAUCCUGACGAUGAAGGUUUCUGUAUGGCAACAUUCUUUGGACAAGAACCACUGAUGAGAAUGACAACAGUAGCAACACCAAGAAUGGUUGUAGAAAGACUAAAAACAUUGUUUGGUGAAAAUACUCAGUUUACAGAAGAACGAGCUCAGAGAAUGCUUCAAGUCAUGUUAGAAGAUCUACAUGAAAAUAGAAAAGAGGAAUACAUGAGUAAAGUUGGUCUCGCUGUCUUAUUUUAUCGAUCCGGUGGCACGCUUACUGGAGCAAUGGCUAAAGCUAUUGAAGAUAAAAAGCCAGAAACACUUCAUGGUGAAAUGAUGAUUGCAGAAAUCCGUU